AUGGAUGUCAACAAAUGUUUGGGAGUUGCCGAUAAUCUCUCGAGUAUUGUUCCGAAGGUCAAAGACUUCGGCAGAGUCAAAACGAUUAUGCAUGCUCUGGAAAGGAAUAUGGAAAUGGUGUCGGCCAAGAAGGCGGACAUAAGUAUCCAGCUAGAGCUCGAAGAGCAGAGACCGGGAAAGAAAAGGAAGAGAGAAGUUGAUUUGUGGAUUCAAAGAGCAGGAUCGAUGGAGGAUCGAGUCCACAAGUUAGGACGAAAAGUCAAAGAGACGCAUUUCCUUCUUCGUUUCAUGUUGGCGAGUCAGGUGAUUAGUCUUUGGACUGAAUUGAACAUAUUGCACGAGAAGGGUAGAUUUGAUCACGGUCUUACGCAGGAUGUGAAACCGGCCCGCGGCUAUGAACUGCGGCCAGGUGAACUAGUGGGACAAGCUUCUCAAACAAAAAGUAAUGAGAUCUGGGAUCGCUUGAUGAAGGAAGAGGUGCCCCGCAUGGGUGUUUGGGGACAGGAGGGAGCGGGCAAAACCUUUCUCGCGAAGCACAUACAUGAUCGGAUAGUGCGAGACUGUCCAAGAUUCGAUGGUGCUUGUUUGGUCAAUGUAUCGCAAGAAGGCACCAUUGGCACGAUACAAACUGACAUCGCGAAAUAUCUCGAACUAGAUUUGACGGUGGUGAGCGCCGUCUACUGGGGCGCAAGACUGAGGGAGGCAUUGCAGGGCAAGAGACUCCUCAUUAUCUUGGACGAUGUUGGGAGACCUUACUCUUUGGAAGAAGUGGGUAUAACCCUAGCGAGAGAUGGAUGUAAAUUGAUAGUGACGUCACGAUCGAGGGACGUGUGCAAGCAAAUGAAUUGCCACGAGCUUGUCCAUGUGCCUCACUGGUCAGAGGAAGAGAGAUGGUUAGGGUAUGAGGCCGUCGAUGAUUAUGCCUGGGAACGUUAA